AUGCCAUUAAAUCGCAUUGGUGAUGUUGCGCCGGGAUGUACGCUCGCAACAACGCCACCCGUGAGCCGCGCAGCCAGACUUGAGCAAUACUUUCUGGUCUUGGGCAAUGGCGUCUGUAAGAACUACGCACAGUUUGAGGUCUACACAAAGGAAAAUCAGCAGGACUAUGAGCAAAUUCAUUUAGAUUGCCUACGAUCUCUUUGGACCUUCUUUCAGAAAGGAACCGUGGACGUCUAUAACGAUCUGACGUCCAGUAAGCACAAGCAGGAGUACAAGACAAAAAUAGGCAGAGAGUUCCCUCACUCGUUUGUGCGCCUUCACCAGAGCAUAUUGGAACGGAUAAUAGUGGACACACUUUUCCAAAACUUGACCUUCAAAUGCUAUUUUCAAGGGUACACGUAUGUUCUAGAAGCACUCUACUAUGCUGCGCUCAAGGAUGAAUAUCUUUACCCAGACUCUGCUGAAAUGGUAGACCUUCUUACUGCUUUUGUUGCAGAUGAAACGGGGUUAUAUGUAGAAUCCUCCGAUAACUAUCAGCCGUAUGGCAGUGCCUUUGCUGAGCGCUUCAACUUCCAGACUAUGUUCACAAUUCCCUAUCCCGAAUUGCUUCACCUGGCUUUGGAGAUAAGUCGCUCCACGCUAUUUCCGUUCUUGCACCCAGACAAUAGAGUCAUGGUUGCUACUGUUGGUCUUGCCUUCGAGCCGGUCAUGCGCAUGGUUGAUGCAGAGCUGUAUGCCAUCAUUGGCAAUCAUCCGUCCAUCGGGAUUACAUGCCAAGCAAUCCAGACCGCGGCUGUAAUGACUGGGUGCAUCUCCCUUUCAGGUACGCCCUACGGGCGCUCGCGCUUCCUAGACGCGCUUGUGGCAGGAGGGAUUCAGUUUGCUCUCUUCCUUUCUGCCACAAGCUUCAGUUUGGGUGCACGGCUCUAUCUUCCCCACAUCUUUAGCAACUACGUACCUGCUAUGCCUAACACUGAACAAGUAGUUGAAGAUGCCACUGGAGGUGAGUGUGGAAAGCAGGCCAGGCCAUCCCUAGCGACUUAUACGGGCUAUCACAUGUUACUCCUAAGCAAGGGCUCAGUAUGCGAAUCGCCAUAUCACCCCUCAAUUGACGAGAACGCAAUAUUGAAUAUUGCCACGUUCCGCCCCAUCACAGAUGCGCCCAUGACACAGGAUGAUGAUUACAUAACUACGACUAUCAAGAACGCAUUCACAAAGGUCGAGCAGUUCAUCCCGCGUCUCGUCGAUUAUUCCAUUAAUUUUGCGUGUGUGACGAGCCUAUUAGCGGUGAUAUCUAACAGCUUUCUGAAGCAAACUAAAGGGAUAUUCAAGUGGUCUCGCCAAGCACAACAGCAGCAACAGCAACAAGGAUCGUCAUCUCCAUCUAUGUCACUAUCGGCACGAGCAUCUAGUGACACAGAUGGUUGCGGUUCGCCAUCUGGGCCCACACUCUCCCCGGCUCCCAACACCAUAACCGCUUCCACUUCCCUCGACAUUAAUGAUGCAGAUAUACUGAGUCUCUUCAGACACUUCUCGGCUGGGAUCUCCUUUGUGCGCACACACGAUGGGCUCUACAAUAUCAUCAUGAAGGACACGUCAUUUCCAACGAAGUCUACCGAGCCUAAAAGUUACUAUGAAAAGAUCGCCUCGGGACGCUUCAUAGACUUUAGUAAAGCAAUAACAUUCGUAGAUCCUAAAGACUCGCUCACAAAGUACUUUAGCUUCUAUGACAUAUGUGAGAGCUUUGACUUUCGCCUGGAGCUCUAUAUCUCCUUGCUCCAGGAGAGCAGGAAGUAUGACGAGAAGGCACACACAAGGGACUCCCUGGUCAAAAGGGGGGUUCUUGUAGAUUAUGCAACUCUGGAAACUGCCCUUAGCCAGCGUGAAGACUAUAAAACAUUUAUGAAGCGCAACGCACCAAUCAUCGCAGGGGCUACCGUGGCUGCUGUGGCGGUGGUGGCAGGGAUCAUAGGGGGUAUUGUUGGAGGUCUCUCUCUGAGCAACAAGCGCCGAGCCAACAAGUGA